CCUGCCUUGAGACAGAUUGACCGCAGAGCAUUUCUGAUCAAGAGGAGCGUUUUCCAAGCAUAUAUGAGCAGUAGAAACGAGAGUAGUGGAGGCUACACCGUGGUGGCGGAUGCCGCCGCCAUCAACAAGCCGUUGUUGGACGAUAGAACGUAUCGUCUCAUCAAGUUGAACCGGAACAACUUGCAUGUGUUGGCGAUCCAUGACCCUUCCACCGACAAGUCUGCCGCAUCGUUGGACGUUGGGGUUGGGUCGUUUGCUGAUCGCAAGUACAAAACGUCCGGACUUGCGCAUUUCUGUGAACAUCUCUUGUUCAUGGGGACCCGGAAAUUCCCCGCUGAAAACGAAUAUCUGAGCUACUUGGCCCGACACCUGGGCCACUCCAACGCGUACACGGCGGCAGAGCACACCAACUACUAUUUCGAGGUGGAUCUGAUGCAUUUGGAGGGCGCCUUGGACAGAUUUGCCCAGUUUUUCAUCUCUCCGUUGUUUCUGCAACUGUGUAAAGACCGAGAGAUCAAGGCUGUGGAUUCAGAGAACAAGAAGAAUUUGCAACUGGAUACCUGGAGAUUGUAUCAAUUGGAUAAACUGACCAGUAACCCACACCAUCCAUACAAUGGGUUUAGUACGGGGAACAUGCAAACGUUGGGUGAAGCUCCCGCGGCCGAAGGACGUGACGUUCGUGAGGUGUUGAUGAAGUUCUGGCAGGAACAAUACUCACUGAAUAUCAUGAGUAUGGUGGUGUUGGGUCGUGAAUCCCUCGAUGAAUUGUGUGGAUGGGCCGAGACUUAUUUCGAUCAGAUUGAAGAUAAACAAUUGUCAUGGCCAGAUUAUGAUGGGAAGGUCAUUUAUGACCAGCACCAAUUGGGGAAAUGUAUCCGGGCCAAACCCAUCAUGGACCUGCACAAGUUGGAGCUUUCAUUCAUGGUUCCUGACGAUCAGGAGUCCCAUUGGGACAGCAAGCCUCUGGGCUAUUUCCUGCAUUUGUUGGGCCAUGAGGGGAAAGGUUCCAUUCUGUACCGGUUGAACCAACAAUUGGGCUGGGUGAAUGAGCUUUCUCUGGGGAACAUGAAGGUUUGUCGUGGCAGUUCGAUCUUUGUAGUGGAGAUGGAUUUGACUCCGGAAGGGUUGAAACAUUGGCAAGAGAUUGUGGUGCAAGUGUUUGAAUACUUGGCCAUAGUCAAGCAGGCCACGCUUGAAGAACAACUCCAGAUCCAUCAGGAGGUGAAAACCAUGCUGGAGAUCAAUUUCAAGUUUAGACAAAAGGCAGGUGCGCUGCUGACAGUAAGCAAGAUGAGUAAUGGGUUGUACAAGUUUCAUGAUGGGGGCAAUAUCCCUUCGGAAUAUGUGUUGAAUUCACUGGUAAUCCGUAAGUUUGACGAGAACAAGAUUCGCGAGUUUGCCCUGUACUUGGUCCCGGAGAACUUUAGAGUCACGUUGGCGUCCCAAACGUUGGAUGGGUUGGACCACAAGGAACAAUGGUAUGGCACCGAGUAUCUGUAUGGAGAGUUGGACCAAGAAUUGAUGAAGAAAUUGACAAAUGGAUUGGACGGUUCCAACGAACAUUUCCAUCUCCCCUUGGUCAAUGAUUUCCUCCCGGAGAACUUCACCGUUUAUGGCAAGAAGGCCAAGGAUAAGCUGGCAGUGUUGAAACAUCCUUACUUGCUUGUAGACGAGGAAAAACUCCAAGUUUGGUACAAGCAAGACGACCAAUUUGAAGUUCCCAAGGGUACGGUUGAGUGUUUGUUGCAUGUGCCUCCGAUGAAUGCUGGAUGUCGGUCUGCCGUUAUGCUGGGCAUCUUGACGGAUCUUGUGGAUGAUGAGUUGAAUGAUGCCGCAUACUACGCGUCGAUCGUGGGGCUUUCGUUCCAGAUCCAUGCCUGGAGAGAUGGGGUUGUGGUCAAGGUGAGUGGGUACAACGAUAAAUUGUCAGUCUUAAUGGAAAAGGUGCUUGGGAAGUUGCUUGAAUUCAAGCCCAAACGCGACCGGUUUGAAGCCAUCAAGCUGAAGAUCACACAGGACUACAAGAACUUUGGAUAUAAUGUGCCUUACUCACAGAUUGGUACUCAUUUCUUGACGUUUAUCAAUGAAAAGACGUACACAUAUGGCGAAAGAUUGAAGGAAUUGGAAACAAUCACUUUUGAAAACAUGGACCAAUGGGUCAAUGAGGCCGUUUGGUCUGAAGGCGUGUUUGCCGAAGUGUUAGUCCAGGGGAACUUCCGGGUUGAGGACGCUGAACAGUUCAGCACCUUGUUCAAGGAGAAAUUGGCCCAUUUGGACAUAUCCACCCUGACCAGAGCCCUCCAAUCGUACCGGUUACCUGCGGGAACCCGUACCAGAUACACACUCCCGUUGGAAGAUGCACAAAACAUCAACUCAUGCAUUGAAUACUACAUCCAGAUCUCAGACAUUGGUCACGAUAGGAAACUUCGGGUUUUGACAGACUUGCUUGGAACCAUCAUCCAUGAACCAUGUUUCAACCAACUCAGAACCAAGGAACAAUUGGGGUACGUGGUGUUUUCGGGCACUAGAACCACCAGAACCGCAGUUGGGUUCCGGAUCUUGGUCCAAUCGGAACGUACGAGUGAUUACUUGGAGUACCGUAUAGAAGAGUUUUUACGUCAAUUUGGGAAAUUUGUCAACACUUCUCUUUCCCCACAAGACUUUGAGAGCUUCAAGGAAGCAUUGAAGUCCAAGAAGUUGACCAAACUUAAGAAUUUGAGCGAAGAAGUGUCGAGAUUCUGGAACAAUAUCACCGAUGGGUUCUAUGAUUUUGAGCUGAAGGUGAAGGAAGUUGACGUUUUAGAGUCGAUCACCUUGGAUGAAUUCCAAACUUUUUUCAAGAAUUACAUUGAUGUGGAAGCCUCUGACAGCCGUGUGGCUCGUGCCAUUGUUCAUUUACAAUCGCAAUGUCCAACUACUCCAUCGCAAGAGAAGCUUGUUCACAGUGCCGUGAUCAAUUAUUUGUACAAGCAAGGACUUCAUUUGGGUGCCGACACCGUUGAUGGGCUUGUGGAGAAGUAUCUGGACAAGCUCCAGGAGCUUUCCCACGAGCUUGUCGAUGCGUUAGCUGCAUACGUUCCUAGUGAACAGGAAGAAGGACAACACGAGGGGAACAAGAUCGAAGACAAGGAUGCCUUGGAACAGGAGUUGCAUCAAGUUUUAAAGAGAGGUCUUACAGAACCCGUUCCUUCUGCCUAUCCAACAGGAGAGCCAGUCACGUUGGAGGAGUUCAAGAAGAACAGUUCUUUAGGGGGCUUGCCGGUUCCUGUACAACCGUUGUCCGACUUCUAUUACCCAUCCGACCAAGAGGAUGAACAUGCUCAUUUAUAAUAGUAGUACUAGACUAGAUUAAUUAUUUAUAAACAAAGAUAUGAUGACUGUCCAUGUAUCAGCGCCCUACUACGCUCCCCUGGGCGGGCCGGGGGGGUUGGUAGUUCCACAGGGAAGUGAGGGGGCCUCCUCGUAGAGGAGCUAGGCACCACGCAGUGGCUCUCCCCGAGCAGGGGCCCAGCGGAGCGUCCUGCUGCCCCGCAGGGAAGGGAGUAGUCCCACCCUACGGGGUCUGCAAGCCGCUCCGCUGGCACUCCGUGGGCCACUAGCCGUGGAGGCCUUCUUCCUCUAACGAGGAAUGGCUGUAGGAG